AUGUCGGAAAAUGGAACUUUUAGUCGGUUACCGAGACGGCAAUCAUCUUCCCGAUUGGUUAAACAGCUUGCGGUAAGUGUUUUUAUAUUGUUCUUGAGGUUUAGGUAGAAUUUGCCGAUUUUGGGUUUUCAAGCCGAAAUUUCUCAAGGAGUCGAUGGCGAUCGAUGGGGUUAGCUGUGAUUUAGCAGUAUCUUGCUGGCUGGCACUCCUUUCGCUGAAAUCGAGCUGUUUUGAAAGUAAUAUAGCCCAUUGUAGGACAUGAACAUCUCGGAAGACGUUCUGGAUCACGGUGAGACCGCGCGACAUGAGAAUCGUUUUGUGUUUGAGUGUGCCUGGGAAGUGGCGAACAAAGGUAAGCUGUUUUUCAUAUUUUCUCUCUAUUUAGAUCAUGUUUUCCAUCAAUUUUUGUCAUGACUAUCAUUUCCAGUUGGUGGAAUCUACACCGUCCUCCGAACAAAAGCCCCCGUCUCCACCGAGGAGUUGGGUGAUCAGUACUGCAUGCUUGGUCCAUAUAACGAAGAACAAGUCAAGUUGGAAGUGGAAGUUGGCGAGCCGGAGACGGCUGCCAUGAAAUACACCUUGGAUCAGAUGCACGAAUGGGGAUUUAGAUGUGUGUAUGGAAGAUGGCUCAUAGACGGGUAUCCAAAGGUUGUGUUGUUCGAUAUUGGGUCGGCUGCGUGGAAGUUGGACGCCUGGAAACAUGAGGUAUUGUCUUGGAUAUUAUUUUAGGUGAAAUUAGAUGUGAGAGGUUGGAAAUUAGAAGAUAAAUAUUGCAAUUGGUAUAUUUAGAUAGCUUUUGGAUGUGUUUGAGUUAUUUUGGAUGUAUCUGCAAAAAAAAAUUUUUUUGGUUUAUUAUCUAAAAUAAUAUAAUUUUUUUUCAGCUUUUUGAAAAAUGCCAUAUUGGAAUUCCCUACAUCGACAGAGAGUCUAACGAUUGUGUAAUCUUCGGCUUCCUCGUCGCAAUCUUCCUCAAAGCCUUUGCCGAAUCCACGGAAGGCCUUUCUCCUCUGAUUGUCGCUCAAUUCCAUGAAUGGCAGGCCGGAGUCGGCCUAAUGAUGACCAGGUAAGUCUCUAUUUCCAUUCUUGCAUCUCUCUUUAGGCUCUGGAAAGUGAAUGUGGCAACAGUUUUCACAACCCACGCAACAUUGCUGGGCCGACAUUUGUGCGCCGCUGGAGCGGACCUCUACAACAAUUUGGACAAGUUUCAGGUGGAUCAAGAAGCCGGCGAGAAGCAGAUCUACCACAGAUAUUGUCUCGAACGAGCUGCGUGUUGUAUGGCACAUGUUUUCACGACGGUCAGGUAAGAAUUUUAAAAUUUUUGCGAAAAAAUUUGGAAUUUUCUCCUUAUUUUAGGUAAUGUUACAUAAUUUCUUAUAAUUUUGUGAAUUUUACCGGCUACAUUUGCAGUGAGAUCACUGGAUUAGAAGCAGAGCAUCUAUUAAAGCGAAAGCCGGAUAUAUUGACGCCGAAUGGGCUGAAUGUCGUGAAAUUCGCCGCUCUCCACGAGUUCCAAAACCUGCAUGCCUUGAACAAGGAGAAGAUCCACAGUUUUAUACGCGGACACUUCUACGGCCACAUGAACUUUGAUUUGGACAAGACGUUGUACAUGUUCACGGCCGGACGAUAUGAAUUCAGCAAUAAGGGCGGGGAUUUGUUCAUCGACGCAUUGGCCAGGUUGAACCACUUGUUGAAGGUAAGAAUUGAAAAUUUUAGUUCUUUAUUGAUGUUUAGAUCAUUGUAAAAGAUGAUUUGAGGGCAAAAUAGAAUUUGAGAGUGGUUUUUCAUUGAUGGGCCCAAGAAGGUAUCAAUUUUUUAAAAGAUUUUUACUAGUUUUGGGUUUAAAUUUGAUGUUUUUUGAUCUAAAGUGAAUGAUAGCUGGCUAGAAGGUUGAGGAAAAAGAUGGUUGGUGCAGUGGACGAUUAGGGAAAAAGACACAACAAAAUUUGGAUUUUUAGCAAAAACUAGUGUCAACAGCAAAAUCUACAGGAUAAAACAGACAAAAAAAUGUCUAAAACAAACUCGGGAAGCGACGGUUGAGGAAAAAGACAAUUGGGGAAACUGAAAGUAUUAUUUUUGUUCGAUGUAAGUGUCGAAAUUCGGAUAACCGAUGGCGCGGAUUUCGAAAAUGACAUUCAUUUUUUUGUUCGUUACUAUUUUGUUCAAUUAGUACUGUAAAGCAGUAAUUUUUUGAUUUCUUUUUUUCACAAAUACUCGAUUUAGGGGUUUUCGAUGGUGCUGAUUUCAAAUCAAAAGAAAUGAACAAGAUUUUCGGAAUCAGCACCAUUGAAAACCCCUAAAUCGAGCAUUUUUGAAAAAAGAAAUCAAAAAAUUACUGCUUUACAGUACUAAAUGAACAAAAUAGUAACGAUAAAAAGAAAUGAAUGCCAUUUUUGAAAUCAGCGCCAUCGCUUAUCCUAAUUUCGGCACCUACAUCGAAGAAAAAUAAUACUUUUCAGUUUCCCCAAUUGUCUUCUUCCCCAAUCGUCGCUCCCCGACUUUGGUCUAGACAUUUUUUGUCUGUUUUGUUCUGUAGAUUUUGCUGUUGACACUGGUUUUUGCUAAAAAUCCUAAUUUUGUUACCUAAAUUAUAUAAUUUUAGGUGUCGACGGACAAACGGACCCAAGGAGUAACAGUAAUAGCCUUCAUCAUCUAUCCAGCAGCCGCGAAUUCCUUCAAUGUGGACUCGCUGCGAGGUCAGGCCAUCACGAAACAGCUGCGCGAUUCAAUUCAACACAUCAAGGAUAACAUCGGCUCAAGACUGUUUGAAAGUUGUCUGCAGUAAGUUUGAUUUGCUUUGAAAAAAAUUAAGUGGUAUCUUUGGACUGGGUAGGGCUCAUAUGCAUGAGAAUUUGCUUUAUUUUGAGGUGUUUUACAUCGAAAUUUUUAUUAUUUUAUACUGGUUAACAAAUUUUUCUUUCCACCUCGUAUCUCGAGAACCGCUGGGCCUAGAACCUCCAAAUUUGGCAUAAAAACACGCCGGGACAGUCUAACACCAUGCCCAAAAAAUCAUAUCAUUUGAUGCACUUUUAGUCCACUUUUCAUGCAAAAGGCAAAAAAACGGGAUGACAAAAUUUUCUUUCCACUUUGGAAAAACGUUUGUAAAUUAUGGUGUUAGACUGUUCCACAGUGUUUCUGCGCCCAAUUUCAAGGUUGUAGGCCCAGCCGUUCCCGAGAUCCAGGUGGAAAGAAAAUUUUUUCGGCCAGUAUACAGUGACGGUGGCAAAAAACGUACCGUUUUGCAUCCGGGAAGCAUCGAAAAUGUGGCAAAAAAACUUCGUUUUGAAGGGCCCUCACAAAAAUGGCGGGCGCGCUUUUGAAAUCGGAGUUUUUUCACUUGAAGAGGGAAGCAUUUUGCCACAUUUUUUUUCUUCCCGUUUGCAAAAUGGUACGUUUUUUGCCACUGGAUCAGGCCCCUCCACUGUAGGUGUUGAUGAGAAUUUUAAUUUUUUCCGUUUUCAGAGGCCAUAUACCGGACGCCAACGAGCUGAUCAGCCCCGAAGAGAGGGUGCAGCUGAAGAGAUGUCUGCUCAGCUCGAAACGCGACACUCUGCCCCCAAUUUGCACGCACAACAUGGUGGACGACGCCAACGACCAGGUCCUGAACGCCUUCCGACGAUGUCAACUCUUCAAUUCGGAUCAUGACCGGGUAAAAGUCAUCUUCCACCCCGAGUUCUUGAGCUCCGCCUCGCCGCUGAUCGGGCUCGACUACGAGGACUUUGUGCGAGGCUGUCAUAUGGGCGUGUUCCCUUCGUAUUAUGAGCCAUGGGGAUACACGCCGGCCGAGUGCACGGUCCGUGGAAUCCCGUCGAUCACCACGAAUUUGAGUGGAUUCGGGUGCUUCAUCGAGAAACAGGUCCCCGAUCACGACAAUUACGGCAUUUUUGUGGUGGACCGCCGCUUCAAACGCAGCGAUGAAUCCAUCCAACAGCUGGCUGAUAUAUUGUUGAACUACUGCUCGUUGAACCGAAGGCAACGAGUGAUCCUCCGCAAUCGGACGGAACGUCUCAGCGAACUCCUCGACUGGAAAACCCUCGGCGGUUUGUAUCGGGAAGCGCGCCGCAUGGCGUUGAAGAAAUUGCACCCAGACUUGGAAAUCAAACUCUCGGAGGCCCUCGCCAAAAUGCCACGCCCAUUAUCGGCCCCAUCGACCCCUCGCGGCUCGGCACACGGCUCACCGAAUGAGUCGGACAAUGAGAGCGACACCGCCGAACAGGUCGAACAUGAAAACAUCCAUUGGCACAUUGAAGGAUAA